AUGCGGCGCGCGCUUCUCUUCCUGAUUCUGCAGGGAGCUGCCGCCAAGCCUCGGAAGCUUUUUGAGAUUGGCAGCAAGGACAAGGAGGUGGGUCUGGACCCUUUCUACGAGGGGAACAUGGAGCCCUGGGGUGUAGUAUGCAUUGGCUACGUGAAGCAGGACUCACCAAACCACCGGCUGCUGGAGAAGCUGGGCGCAAACACCGAGGAGGACAAGGAGCUCUGGGACCUCCAGAUGCCCAUGGCCGCCGUCAUCGACUGGGAGGAGGAGGAGUCCUUGCAGAUCGUGCGGCGGAACUACGCAGCCAAGCUCUGGGACAUGUUGCAGCAGCCUCCAAUGGAUGCUGCACCAGUCACUUUUCCAGGCAAAGGUGGCAAAAAGUGGAAGGAGAAGGAGGUGCGAGCCUGGCUCCUGGAGCAUGCCUUCCCCACCAUCAACUACAGGGUGCCAGGCUACCAGGGAAAGCAGAACCCCUUCCCCUUCGACAAGUACUUCGGCAAGUCCAACACCGGUGGUGUCGGCCUGGUCUUUGUGAAAAUCAAGGACAUCAACGACUUCGGUCCUCAGUUUCGGGCGAUCCGCUACAUGAGACCACACAUGGAGAAGUUGUAUGGCAAGAUCCGCUUUGCCGUGGUCGAAAAAACAGCAAAGACGAAGGAGAUGAGAGAGGCGCUCAAGGUUGGGUUAAACGAGAGCCUGGAAAGCGAGCUCGUCCUCUUUAGCGACCUCGAAGGCUUGGGCGACCGGGCGCCGGUCGGGAACCACUUUCAUGGGAAUCCUCGGAAGUACCGUCUUACCGACCUCAGUGAGGAGUCCGUCAACUCCUUCUUCGAGGCCUACUACGACGGCAAGCUGCCGACCUACUGGGCCUCCCUGGACGAAGCCGGCAAGGCACCCAAGGAUGGCGAGCUGGCAAGCUUCACUUUUGACGAGCAGGUUUACCAAGCCCCGAAGAAGAUGGGGACAUUCGUCGCCUAUUUCAACAACGCCAGCGUGGGCUGUGCCGACUGCGAGCGCGGCAUCCGGCUCAACGUCGCAGGCACAGAAGCUGCACAGUGUCGGGUGGUUGCCAUGGCUGCCAUCGAAGGCGAGUGGCUCAUCAAGUUGGAGCGCGGCUGGAGCACGUGGGUCGUAGGAGAGCAGCCGUUCCGUGGAUCCCCGGAAACGUUUCGCUACAUGUUCGGCAAGACCGAGUUCCAGGUGGAGUUUCAGAAUGAGACGGAGGGCACCUCCACAAACCUCUCAACGGGCAAGUCCCGGCCGCUGUGCUUCGUGGCCAAAGGCCAGGCGCCACCUUCGGACGAAGAAGCUGUCCAACCACCCCAGCCUCAGACACAGACUCUGAUCUCGGAGGACAGACCCAUGCAGACCACAAAGGUUGACAGCAACUUGCCCACUUGCUGCUACCUUGCAACGAGUGGCACCCAAUCCUACGAAGGAGAGUUCCAGUGGUUGAUUGAGCUGGAGAAGGGCUGGAGUCCAUGGAUGCCAGGGAAUGAACCCUUCGAUGGCAACACGGAUGAGCCUUUGCGCUAUACCCUCGGCAGGUAUGACUUUGAGGUCCACUUUGAGGAUGAGAGCCAUGGCACACAGACAAACCUCACCUCCGGCAAGGUGCGACGGAUCCAGCGCCUGCGCAAAGGAGAGGCCGUUCCUGCGUGGGAGGGUACCGGCAUCCGGAGGCGACCCGCGAAUGCCGGCGCAGCCGCGAUCGCCCAGGCCCCUGCAGAAUCUGCAGCUAUGGCCGCGCAAUCCAACCGGGCGGUAAGGCGCACUGCCGGCUAUCCCGCAGCCUCAGCCACAAGCGCACCGGUGAAGGGCGCCCAAAAGUUUGCGCUCCGCACAUCCAAGCCAGCCGCAGCUGCAAGACCACAAGUGUCGGAGGCUGCGCACAAGGCAACAACCGUACCAAGUGCCUCGAAAGCUCCGACAACCACGGCGGGCGGCAACGUUCCCCGGUUCAUGCGGCCGCUGAAGUCGAAAGCCUGGCGGUUGGUGCAGAAGGAGGUGCGGCUGACCAAGCGACUGCGGGAGCGUGUUCGACUCCUCGCGCUGGACCAGUCCCGCAAUGAGCACGGGGAGCAGCUGGUUCCGGGACGGCUUGCCCAACCCCUGGUGGUGUAUUACCCACCGGGCACGGCAGCCCAGCGAAAGAAGCGGCGGCGAGUGAUGCACAAGAUGAGCGAGAGCUUCACCAAAGACAGCAUUCUUGAGGUAAGGAAGGAGUGGGAGUUGCAAGCCCUACAGUCCAUCUAA